ACGCAUCUCGUCGCGCAUACCAUUUUAUAAACGCAUAUCUGGGAGAAAAGUCAGAAAAAGAGAACAUGCAUCCAUAUCUUUUAGGAACGUUAUUUCUAUUUAGUUUCGUACAAUUUUCUACGAGUCAGUGUUACAAUGGAAAAUUUUCAUGUAUAGUUAAUCCAACAGAGCCCGGUAAACAUUUUCCGGGCACUGUAUUCAUGACGUUUGAAAAGUUCGGUCCAAACCAGUGCUUUGACGAAUGUAUUCGUCGAGCAAGGUGCGAGUCGUUCAAUUACAAAGCGUCGGCGUUCUACUGUGAACUCAAUACUGGACAUGGUAUAGAAAAUAACACGAGUAACGACUUCGUCAAUGAUGCGAAGUAUGAAUACACUUCAAUGGAGGGAUUGAGAAAGACAUUUUAUGAUCCUUGUAUUUACGCUAGUGGAUGCUACCCUGGAACGGUAUGUGGUCGGCAGGCUGAUGGUACAAGAAGCUGUGAGAUUGAAGACGUAAAUGUAUACCAGAAUUAUUUGGAAAGCAUAGCUACUACAACACCGGAAGUCACAACACCUAAACUGAUCGAAUCAAAUGCAGCACCGGAAAACACAACAGAAGUAAACAAAACUGAAAACGCAGCUACAACAAUGGAGGUUAACCAAAAUGAAAAUGCACCUACAACGAUGUACGGAUCUAAUUUAACCGAGAUGACUACAGUUGCAGCUCCAGAACCAAAAAAGUAACAACGUUGUCAUUUACAAAUACGACAGCAAAAUAUGAAUAAGAAAGUUUUAAUGGUUUUGUUAAAUAUUUCUAAUAUGGAAAAUGUUUAGGUAUAAUAUAAUAAACUCUCUAAACCAUGUCAGUAAAACAGAUCAUGUGAACUGAUGUUAUAGUAGUAUCAUGGCAUCAUAAUUGUGACUUGAUAAAUUGUGUGUUACUGUAUCUUAAUCUAUUACUGUCGUUCUUCAUAUAAACUGUCAAUAUGUUGGAUGCUAUCGUUGCUAGGGAAGUUGUUACCAACCUUACCUGGUUCCUGGUACUACGUUCCAGGUAUAAGAUGAUAGUCAAACGCUGUUAUAUUGGUAUAUACAUGUCGUGUACAUGUUGUGAUUUUGUACAUGCUAUAACAUUUUAUAACUUGUAUAAUCAUGAUAAUGCAAAAAAACAAUUUUUAACAUGUACAAAAGUAACCCCAUUCGAAUAAGAAUUGACGUUAGGACGUAAAACGGUUCGAAUGCGAAUUACACUAAUUCGAAUUAAAUAAUGCGAAUUGAAUUCGAAUUACGUGUGAAAUCAGCAUCAUAUUUGAAUUAUCGCACAUUGUAUGAUGGUAAGGCUUUUUAGAGUUCACUAUAAACGGCAUGGGUUGUACUCAUUGUUAGAGAUCGUCUGAAGGUUACCUAUCUAGAUGUUUGAAUUUAAACCCUCGCCCUUUGUACUCUUUGAACAAUUUGAAGAAUUUGAACAUGAAUUUCUUUUUAGAAGUAAAAACGCCGGGAUAAAACUUAGUUUAACUACUUUUUUAUAUAUAUUAUCAAGUUCUGUGAACGAUCAUUACUAAUUUUAAUAUUCUGCGGAAUAUAAUAAGAUCGAUAUUCAUUUUUUCUAACAUGUAUACAGAU